GAACUUGACUGGCCUGCACAGAGUCCUGACCUCAACCCAAUAGAACACCUUUGGGAUGAAUUAGAGUGGAGACUGUGAGCCAGACCUUCUCAUCCAACAUCAGUCUGACCUCACAAAUGUGCUUCUAGAAGAAUUGUCAAAAAUUCCCAUAAACAUACUCCUAAACCUUGUAGAAAGCCUUCCCAGAAGAGUUGAAGCUGUUAUAGCUGCAAAGGGCGGGCCAACUACAUAUUAAAUUCAUGUGCAUGUAAAGGCAGACAUCCCAGUUUUGGCUUGGCUCGCAGUCUCCACUAUUCAUGUCUUUAUGGACCUUGUUUUGUGCACUGGUGUGCAGUCAUGUUGGAACAGGAAGGGGUCAUCCCCAAAACUGUUCCCACAAGGUUGGGAGCAUGAAAUUGUCCAAAAUGUCUUGGUAUGCUGAAGCAUUAAGAGUUCCUUUCACUGGAACUAAGAGGCCAAGCCCAACCCCUGGAAAAACAACCCCUGAAUUCAAUGAUUUGGAGGGGUGUCCCAAAACAUUUGGUAAUAUAGUCUACAUACACAAGAAAAUGAAUGCCUAUUAACAGAAUAGCCAAAGAAGUACCUCAAGGACAAGUUGCUGUAUCAGUGUACAGACAAAUGUGAAAUAUAAUGGAAACAAGAGCCAGUCUAUUUUAAAGCAGAAAUGCAUCAUAACACUGAAUAUACUGUAGAGUCCAUUUAAAUGAAGGAUUUGGGGGAAAGAGCUAGUCUCUGUUAGUCCACUAGGAGGCAAAAUAGAGCAAUACAUUUAAUUAGAAGGCUAAAACUUAGAUAUUGUAAUCUCAUCCACUUCCAAAAGAACUAAUUUAGGGUUUUAUGGGAGUGAAUAUUUAUGCGCGCACUAUAUAUAGACUCUUCUCUAGAUUGUAGAAUGUGGUUGUGUAGAUAUGCUUAUUCAGCCGCAAGAGCAUUAGUGUUGCACAGCACUGAUUUUGGUAGUUAGCACAGUCAUCAUCCAAAAGGCGUUUAAUAUGGGUUGAGGUCAGGGCACUGCAGGACACUAGAGUUCUUCCACUCCAGUCUUCUCCAUGCCAAGUCUUCAGCAAUCUCGCUUUGUGCACAGGGGCAUGUGAAAUGUGCAGGAACAGGUUUCUCUUAGUUCCAGUGAAAUUAGGGAAAUUGUAAUGCAACAGUACAGUAUACAGAAACACUGUGUACUUCCACGUAUUGUGACAUUAGUUUGUGGGAUAACCAUAUAUGGUAUAGUGGUCAGGUGUCUACAUAAUUUGGGCCAUAUUCGGAUAGCUAGUCACCUAGGUAACAUUACACUUAUCCUGCUUAACAAAAAAAAAUAAGUUACACUUAAAAUGACAAGAUAAGGGGGACGUUACAUAAUAUUAACAAAAUGAGGUUGGCUUUGGUGACUAGUUUUCAGUGAAGUUUUUUAGUUAUAGAGUAAGGUGCAUUGGUACCAUAUAAAGUAGUAAUUCUUUAGAAUGUAGUGAAAAUUCUGAAUAAACCUUUAUUUCAAGUAAACUACACGCGAUGGUAAUUUAAAUGUCAAGCCCAGCGUUUACAUUGUAUAUGGAAUGUCUUUAAUUAUUAAGUAAAAAAAGUAAGAGGUGCUAUAUAUGGUUUGUUAUAUAAUUCAGUCAAAAUCUACAUGGGCAGAUUUCCAGUUCCAGGGUCCUGGGUUCGAUCCUGAGAUUACUGUCUGCGUGGAGUUUUACAUGUUCUCCAAAUAUUUGUGGGUUUCCUCUGGGCUCUCUGCCUUCUCAUUUUCCCACGGUCCAAAUACACAAACACAGGAAGGUGCUAGAUUAGUGUGAGUUACUUUUUCAAUGAUUCCCUGGCAUUACACUUGGGUGAAUUCCAAUUCCCUGAUCAGCAAAAAAAAAAAAAAAGGAAUGAAAUCAGAAUGAUUUCAGAAUGAAUCAGAAUGAAUUGUUGCCAAAGACGUAACUUCACAAGUGACGUUCCUUAAUUGUGACUGGACUAGUUCCCCAUUUUGCACAUAGUUCACGUUCUGCACAGAUCGAGUUUCACAUUUAGUUUCACGUCACUGUUGGAUAUUGAUCAUCCUUCCAUAAUACUAUGAGUGUCUUUUGUAUAGCUGAAGGAAUACUCCCACUAAUGGUCUUCAUCCUUAUACAAAAUGGAAAUGCAGAGGAGUGCACUAAGGAUGUAUACAAUCGAUACUAUUCGUGUGAAGGAAGGAAUCUCACCUAUAUACCUACCAGCAUUCCUUCCUCUGUAGAGAAGCUGGACUUUAGUUUUAACUGGUUGCCUUCUUUACAAAAGCAUCUGUUUCCUCCACUGUAUGAUUUGCAGGUCCUGGACCUCACAAGAUGCCAAAUCCAGUUCAUUGCUGAUGAUGCUUUCCACAAUGUGAAGAAUGUGACUACUCUGAUUCUUACUGGAAAUCCCAUUUCAUAUACAUCUCCUGACGGCUUGAACUCAUUACAUAAAUUAAAGAGACUGGUUCUCGCGGACACUGGGCUGCUUUCUUUAAGUGUCCAGUUGAACAAUCUCACCAAGCUUCAGGAACUAAAUGUUGGAACUAAUAUGAUUCAGACGAUUGCUCUUCCACGAUUCAUGAUCAACUUUAAAGACUUCUGCGUAUUGGACCUGCAUGCAAAUAAGAUAUCCAGCUUAAAAGUAGAUCACACCGCUGUACUGCGAGAGAUGAAGGGAAAUAUCACUCUAAAACUCUCCAGCAACCCAAUAUUACAUAUUGAACCAGGAGCCUUUAAGGACAUUUACCUGAAAGAGCUUAACAUACAGAGUACGUUUGUUUCAUUUGACGCAAUGAGGGAUGGCCUAAAAGGUCUCGGUGGUCUUCAUGUUGGAAAGCUUCUUAUAGGACUUUAUGUAGUAGACAGGUCAAAAGUAAUAUAUGAUGCUAAUUACCUUGAUGGACUUUGUUUGAUCAAUUUUAGAGAAAUAUAUUUUCUUCAGAAAGAUUUUUCAGAUUCUGAAAUUAAUGUGUUACAAUGCAUGGUCAAUGCAACAAAAAUCAUUCUGAAACGAGCCACUAUUGGAUCCAUGCAUGUCUCAUUCCAUCAGCUCAAAGAACUUUAUAUAUAUCGCAGUCGAAUGCCCAUUGUACUGGACCUUUCACAUCUACACACGUUAGAAAAACUAGUCUUGAAUGACAGUAAACCAGUAUAUCUUCAUGGUAUGAAUGACAUGCCCAAACUCCAGCAUGUGGAUCUGAGUGGAAACCAAUUCAAUUUGGUUGAUUGUUGUUCAAGGUUUUUCACAGGGAUGCCAAACAUUCACACACUUAACCUGAGCUUUAAUUCCAUAAUAUAUCUGAGCAAUAAUCCGUUUGCCGGACUUGACUCCAUUGAAAUUUUGGAUAUUCAUUUGACAACAUUAAGGUCAUUAAAUGCACAAUUCAAAUUUUUUAAAAGUCUCAAGCGUUUACGAUAUUUGGAUAUAUCUCACACAGACAGUACGUUUUUGCGGACCAUGGCCUUUAGAUAUCUAAUUAGCUUAAAAGUACUGAAGAUGGCAGGGAACCGUUUCCAAGGAGAUGCACUAAGUUAUAUAUUUAAAAAUGUCACAUCCUUAGAGCGUCUUUACUUGUCAAAUUGUGGUAUUCAGAACAUAGACCGCAGAGCUUUUGAAAGUCUUUCAAAUCUACGGCAUUUGUUUCUUAGUCAAAACAAGUUGACGGUUUUGGAUUUUGCAACCCAAUCAUAUCUAAAAAGCUUAACAUUAUUAGAUGUAGGAAUGAAUAGCAUUUUUAGCAUCCCGCUUCAUACUCUGAAAAACCUACCAACAAAUCUCUCAAACCUUGACCUGUCCUUUAAUCCAAUUGAAUGUUCCUGCUCACAGAUAGACUUUAUUAAAUGGCUUGUGAACCAUCAACAAUUACUUCGACAAUCAGCUAACAUUUCAUGUAAAAUACUGUCACAAGACUUAAACCUUAGAGUUAUUGACUUUGACAUUGAAGGCUGUGUACACAUGAGAAGACUGACAAUUGCGUUAUGCGUAUUUGCUGUCACUUUUCUUGUUUUUGUAUCACUUUUGAUCUACAAAUUUCAGUUUUAUCUGCGCUAUGGCUAUAUCCUGCUAAGAGGUUAUAGGGCCUCCAGACAGCAGGAAUGGUCUUAUGAUGCCUUUGUUAUCUACUCCAGCAAAGAUGAAGCAUGGGUAAUGGAUGAACUGGUGGAGAAUCUGGAAAAUGGGAAUCCACCCAUUCAUCUUUGUCUUCAUGUGCGGGACUUUGAAGCUGGCAAGGCCAUUACCUCCAACAUUAUAGAUGAAGGCAUCAUGGGUAGUCGUAAAGUUAUCGUGGUUGUAUCUAAACACUUCAUCGAGAGUUCCUGGUGUCGUUUUGAAUUUGAGGUGGCGCAAUCCUGGCAAGUGAUGGAACGCAACGCUAACAUCAUCAUCAUCAUUUUAGAAGAAGUGGAGGAGGAGAAGUCAAAGAAGGUGUUUGGGCUUCAUAAGCAUCUGAAAAACAACACCUAUCUAAAGUGGAGUGGAAACCCAAUAAAUAACAUGACAUUCUGGAUUCGUCUUCGGAAAGCUGUCAUCACAGGGAACUGAGUUUUUCUCCAAACUGUGUUAAUACAUUUGUGUCACUUUCUUCUGAAAUAGAAUAAAAGUUUUCAAAGUAUAUUAUUUGGGCAUAUUUUUAUUUAAGCAGAGACAAAGAAUUUGAACCUAAUCCUCUAUUAGAAUAAAUAGAUUAAAUCAGACUUUUCCACUUUUGUGUGUGAAAUAACUUUUUAGAAAAGAAGACUCAACUGGAUCCAUUUAUGUACAUUAAUUAAAGUAAAGUAUGUUAUUUAAGUGCAAAUGCUUACUUCUGUGGAGUUGUCCCCUUAUGAAACAAAUAAAUAACACAUGCCAUUUUUGUGAAGUGUGCUUGAGCUGAUUUGUGAUAGACACAUUAUUGUGUUUAAUUGUUUUUUGAGAUUUUAUAUCAUUACAAAUCAAUCUCAGUCAGUGGCUAAAAGUAAAACAGAUUAAAAUCCGCACAAACAAAAGAACAUGCACAAGUCAACCACUGAUAUAGACCAAUAUCAGGCAUAACAUUUAUGAGCAGUGAGAGGUGAAAUGAAUAGCACUGAUUAUCUCCUCAUCAUGGCACCUGUUAGUGAGUGGGAUAUAUUAGGCAGCAAGUAAACAUUUUGUCCUCAAAGUUGAUGUGUUAGAAGCAGGAAAAAUGGGCAGGCAUAAGGAUUUGAGGGCCAAAUUGUGAUGGCUAGACGACUUGAUCAGAGCAUCUUUAAAACUGCAGCUCUUGUGGGGUGUUC